AUGGCUUCUCCUGUGAUGCAGAGGUUCUUGUGUUUGAUAUUUUGCGGUGCUCCUCCUCAAACUUUUUCUCAGGACGAUUCGAACGAUGAGGGGAGACAGGAGGACGACCUGGGUGUGGAGAACAGGAUCCUCAUGGAGGGAUUUCUGUAUAAGAAGAGCAGCAGUGUGUUUAAAACAUGGAAGAGGCGGUUCUUCAUUAUCCAGAAUAAUCAGCUGUUGUACGAGAAAAGGUUUAAGCGUAACCUCACAGUUCUGAUGGAAGAUCUGCAGCUGUGUUCAGUCCAAUGCUGUGAGGACGUCAGGCGCCGCUUCUGUUUUCAGGUGGUUUCACCAACAAAGAGUCGUACGUUUCAGGCCGAUUCAGAGGCGAGCAGACAGGCUUGGAUUGAAGCCAUUUGUAAUGUGGCUCAUAUUGAAAGAACAGAAGAGACUGAGAAAUCAGAAGGGUGCGAAGUUCGUUCGGAGUCAAAUUCCAUUCAAAUCGUAUCGAAUGGAGAAAUGAAGUUGGAGGUCUUGGAAGACUCCCACCAACCACAAGCAUCAUCUAAACCUCCAGCUAUGGCCAGAGAAGUUGGAGAAGUUAUUUGUGAUGUUGCUGUAGAGAACAAUGAUGCUGAAGGAAAAAUCGACAAUGAAGGACGCCAAGAGGAAAUGACCACCAACACAAACCUAAACAACCUGAACCACAAAGAGAGUUUUGAUAGCCAGUAUAGCACUGGAAAGCUGCUGGGAAAAGGAGGCUGUGGUUCGGUCUAUGAAGGAGUUUGUAAGGCAGAUGGGAAGCAGGUUAUCCAGCAGUACCUUGUAACUCGAAGUCCUCUAAACUCGAAAUCUUUGACACUCGACGCCCUUCAUUGA